AUGUCGUAUUGGCCGGGAAGGUUACUUCUGCGCAGAGGUGGUUUGUCCCUCAUUCGUGGCUUAAAACCUGAAAAAUGGGUGCAACCCCAUUGUAUUCAGCGACCUGUGCUUGCGAUGUUUGCUACAGAUCCGUCUGCAGCUCCAAAGAAAACGGAAACGCCACGGGACAAAAAUCUCGAAAUUACCGAGAAGGCUAUUAAGGAUGCAGAGGAAUUAGCCAACGAAUAUCAUAAGCAUGUAGCCGAUACCAUUGUUCGUUGGGACAAAUGCAAUGAAGUGUACUAUGGGAAGGAAAGGGAUAUGGUUAAUUUUCCCACCGUCAAAAUCACUCAACAGCACCCAAAAGUUCGCCUUGGUUUCAUCCCAGAUUCUUGGUUUCAAGCGUUAUAUUCUCGCACCGGUGUUACUGGUCCCUACCUUUUCUUGUUCGGCACAACGUCCUUUCUUCUGAGCAAGGAAUACUGGGUGGUUGACGCCCACUUCAUGGAAAUAAUCCCCUUCGUCGUAAUUAUGACAUGGGCAAUCAAAACGUUUGGAACUCGUGUCGGUGACUUUCUAAGCAAGGAAACGCAGGAGCGAAUCGAUAAUUUCUACACUAAGCCUAUGAAAAACGUUGUGGCAAAUCUUGAUAAAACAAUCAAGUCUGCGGAUGAAGAGAUUGCCAGAGCGGAGUGCGUGCCUGCCAUUUUUGCCGCCAAGAAGGAGAUUAUUGAUCUCCAGUUGGAGGCUGCUUACCGCGAGCGCCUGCAAAACGUCUACAAGGCUGUGACGCGUCGUCUGGAUUACCACGUGGAGCGCGAGAACGUGCGUCGUCGGUUCCAGCAGCAGUACAUGGCGGACUGGAUCACGUCGGCAGUGGUCUCCGGCAUCACGCCCGCCCUAGAAAAGGACACGCUGCGCAAGUGCAUCGAAGACCUCAAAGUUCUGGCCUCGGCGAAACGCGCCGCCACCGCGUAG